AUGCAAAAGCAAGCAAAUAAAGUCGGUGCUGCUAUAACCAAGCUAAACAAAGCUGACAUGCAAAAGCGCCGUGAGAAUCUACGCCGCAUUCAAGAUCUGAGAGGGUGUGAAGGACAGCCCAUAGCAGUGGAAGGAGAUGGCAGAUAUAAUAACAGUCUGUUCAGUGGAGGGAACAAAACACUAUACCAGCCAGCCACUCAGACUGUAUACACCGUUGCAGAAAAUGUAACCAGCAAAAAAGACAUCAUUGGUGUUUACACCGGAAACAAGUUAUGCCACACAGCUCACCUGCUCAAAAGUAGAGGGGAAGAUGUAUCCUGUCCAGAGCACAGUGGUAUCUGCACGGCGAAUCUACGGGAAGACGACAGUAUUGGAGACGAGAAACGUGCCAUGCAGCAGAUCCUCGAGGAAAUUUCUGGAGAGGUCACAGUUGGUGCCUUGACCACUGAUGGUGAUAGCCGAGCCCACUCUGCAUGUGAUGAUGUCGAAAGUCUUCGGGACACGCGCCACUACAGUAAAGCUCUGAAAAAGCAAAUUGAAAAAGCUCCAUUUUCCGGUCAAGUUUUUCCAGGGAAAACAAAGUAG